AUGUCUUUUUCACAGCCAUAUAUGAUCGCCCCUGUGGUAUACGAAUUUGUUUGGGCCGUCGACAACACUCCGAAACAGACAUCGACAUACACGACGACCUACUUCGGUCCACCCGGAUCUCAUACAGCCUACGACCAAAUCGUCAAUACGGCUCUGCCUUCACCCUGGCAGAUUGAGACGAUCGGUAUACCAUAUACCAUCCUUCCUGGAGGAGUCUCAACACAACAUGCCUCAGCGACAGUUGCUACGCAUAGGCCCACAAACCCAAUCCAAACCGAUUAUACUCUUGUCGCACCAGCAAAAGACUCAUCUGUUCAGACGUCUGCGUCGCACGAGGUGCCUUGUCAUGAAGUUCUGUCCGGUCGACUUCACGAGUCAUACCUCAUAUAUCUCCAGGUUGUUCUUGUGUGUCUUUUCUGUGGUGGCUAUCUCUGGUCCCGCUGCCUGAGACGUCGCAGCCAGAGCGCUAAGCUCGAGGGCGGAAUCUUGAGUUCUGAGAAAUCAGCGAUAUAUGAACUUGCCUGA